AUGGGUAAAGCAGCCAGUAACACUUCUCACGCCAUCCAAGCCGGUAACAAAGCCAUCAUUGUUUCUCCAUGGCAACACAAAGUCAUCGAGGUGACUCCAUUGAACAAGUUUGGCGGACAAUGCAGCUUCAACGGGAUCAUGAACGGUGAAGUGUCGUUGAACGACCGCUACUUGCACCAGGUGGCUAUUGUCGAGAAUGGCGAGUUUGUCGGCUUGAGAGACGAAUAA